GAGGAAGGUAUAGGGAGAGACAGAGACACUUUAGGAGCCUCCCUCUCCAAACAACCCACUGCCUCUGCCCUCAAGAAAACCAGCCACAACUCUCCGCUAAAAGUGAAAAAGAAGAAUCCAGCAUUCAAAGAAAGGGUGGAGAUAAUCAAUGUCGAUGACGGGAAUGGAAGGGGCAGCUCUGAUAAUCUGACUGAUGUCAUUCAUCCCAGCAACAUGGAGGUACGUAAUCUUACGUGUACACACACCUACUGCAUAGAGUGAGACCAGGGGAGCACCUUGGAGACAUUGAAAGUGUCCUUUUUAAUGAAGUGUCUCUUAAUCGGAGGUAAUGUACGUAAUAGGAGAGAACUAAGUAUCCUUCCAUUCAGAAGAUCCUUUUUCAGAAGUAUUAAUGCAAAAUUAACAUUGAUUAGCUGUCCAAACCCAUAACAAGCUGCUAUAUAUCCGAGCGAAACCUUUUAUAGUGCAAUUGCUGUCAAAAAAUUUGGUCCUUCACUAAAGCAAAAUUCAAGCUCCCAGUUUCUUGAACACACGCACACAUACUAUACAGUUCAGUGAGGAAGUUCUUCAAGGAAGAAGAGUUGCUUUCCACACCAUCCCAAAGGAGGCUCCCCUGAAGAUCGCCAUUCGCGGUGGCACAGAUACUCCACUGGGUGACCAGAUACUCAUCUCCAGGAUUCUGGAAGGUGGAGCAGCCGAACAAUAUGGUCGACUGAAUGUAGGAGACCAGCUACUGGUGUGUGAUGGAGUCAGUCUUCUUGAGGUGACCCAUGACGAAGCUGCACAGGCUCUCAAAGAUGCCAUGGAUAUGGAGUCGAACUCUAUAGAUCUGGUGGUGGCAGUCAACCCUGACUUUGACACCGGAGAAGAGCUAGUCAGGUCUCAGCAGACCAUGUGGCCACCGAAAAGGGAGGAUACAGUACUGGAGGAGCCAGCCGCAGGAACCAGACACGACUUUGCCCACUCUGCUCGUCGUGCCCACUCUGGUUUCACACUGAGAGGAAAGGAUAACCAGGGGUCUGCAAAGGCUCACGCUUUUCUACCAAAUUCCACUGGACAGUAGCUCAUAAAGAAAGACAAGAAGAUAUACAUAGCUGUAUGUUUACGUUCAUGUUGUGUUUAGCGCGCGCGCGUGCCACGCCAAGGGGGCGGGGAUGGAUGCGCGAAUAGCCGCACCCCCACAGCUAGCAGCACGCCCUAUAAUUAUUAUACCGACCGGGAGCUGACCAAGAAGAAGCCAAUCCAAUCCGACUUUCUAGGCCGCUUUUCGGUCCAGGCACCAUAGUACAGAAGCCGUGAGUACCCCAGCACCCA